AUGAAUAAACCUAGAACUACUCUUAAUGUCAACACACAUCUUGCUCACUUUGUGAGAAGACCUUUAAAGAUCACUGGAAUCUUAAAAGACAUUUGCAAAGAUGCCAUAACGGAAACGGUUGCAGAUGAUAUGAGCAUAGUCCAGGAGACCGAAUAUCAAGAUAUACAGACAAGCAACAGCCCAAAAAAUCCGCUUACACCAAGUGAAAGUGUGGAAGAGGAAUCAGACGUUGAUAAUGAAUACUACAACAGUAUCUUAAAUUAUGACGAGUGUGAAGAAAGUGAUGAUGGAAGUAGAGUUGACAAUAGUGAUUUUGAUGUUGAGGAAAACACAGAGCCAAACGCAGGCAUUCCUCUGUUUAAUCACAUCUUGAACAACAUGUCUGCUUUCGCCGAUAACAACGAAUCUUCAAUCGAUGAAGAGGAUGAAUUCCAGAGUGAAGUGUUUAACUCUACCGCCUGGAACAGAUUUACACCAAAUACUCAUCCAUAUAAAGAUAUCCAGACGAUGAUUUUGCUCGCACUUGUCGAUGGUGAUAACGACAUGAUUUCUCGUAGAAUGUUAAAGAAGAUAUUAUUUACCAUCAAUCUUCUUCUAAAGAUCCACGAAGAAGCUAUUAGAAAAGAUAUUUCUUUCAAGUUGCCCCGGCUAGAUGCACUCUGGAAUUACCAGACACGAAAAGGAUCGAACAUCCCAAUUUUCAAAUCGAAAAGUUUAGAUGUUACUCUCUCUGACAGCACAAAAGUCACCGCAUUCCUUAACUUGCCUUCUGAGCACAUCAAACUCCUUGCUGCCGAUCCUAUAAAGUCAAAAUCAAUCUUUUCUUUACCUGAUCGCACGCCAAACCAAUCUGUCUGUCUUCAACAAGGAGAAAAAUGGAGAACAAAUACAUACUUCCAACAGCCCAUGUUUACCUACAACAACGUUGAUUUCUGGUCUGGUGACAUUAUUCUGUUAAAAGAUUGCUCGCCUAACAUUCGCUUUCUGGUGGAAUCUUUCCAUACAAUGGAUAUAUCUAAUGUUUUCUCUCGUGGAUAUAUUGUUCGAACUCCAAAAGAUGGUUGUAGCAUUGGCAUCGAAAUCAAUCAUGCCGACAUAAAUAUUGAAUCAUUUCUCUCUGUCGACACAACCCCAUUAAACACCUCCUUAUGUUGCAGCAUCUCUCCUGACACAAUUAUCUCGCUCAUUCCAACUCAUCAUAAAUUACUUGAAGAAGAACAUUUUCUGAAGAGGCUUAUAUGCGACGGAACUGACCAAGAAAACAACCGAAGAAAAUAUUACAAGGUAAAGAUUGCACCUGUAAUUCUUUUCUCGGAUGAUACUUCUGGAAACACCUCUAAGCAAUUUAAUACAUAUGAGAGCUGGUCGAUGAAAUCAAUUCCAAAGAAGAAAGGUGCAAACGCUGCCUCGUUGUUACCUGAAAUUGUUGAUGAUUUGAAGAAGCUAGAAAACGGCGUGGUAAUGUUCUCUGCAAAAGAUAAUGCAUAUAUUCUUGUGGUACCUCCUUUACUUUGGAUUGAGGCAGAUACAUUUUGUCACUCAGAGCUUUGCGGUUUAGGUGCGCCCAACUCAACUUACCCUUGUAGAAAGUGCUACAUUAAAUUGCAAAGUCGAAUCCCCAAACAUUCAACAAGAACCAAGGACCAUUAUAUCCAGGCCGCUUCUACACCAGACAGAGAUACAGUGAUCCCUGAUAUUCCUUACUUUGAUGACAAAAACACAGCAGAAGAGUUAAGUUUUAAAAACAAGUCAACAGACAAACUGCUAGAACUUAAAGCAUAUGACCAGUCAAAAGACACUUCUGCUGAAAUAUUGCAUUACAUUCUCCUUGGCAUUGCAAAGUAUCUUAUAACUGAUCUGGUUAAAGUUGUCUUGAACAAAAACAAAAAAGAACUAGAAGAACUGUUUUAUUAUAUUAAAGACUACAAAAAUUCCAGAGGCAUAUCAAGAGCGUUUACAAGGUCUCUCACCCAUGCCUGUUCGUUUCUUGGUAGAGAUUUCAAGGUACUAAUCCAAAUACUUCCGGUAAUCCUGGCCAUAAAGUUUGCAGAUACAGAAGUAUUACAGGAAAUCACUCCCCUCUUUGUUCGUCUCGGCCGUCUAUGUUCUCUAGUAUUUGUUCGAUUUAUUGACAGUCAAUAUGAGACAUAUAUCAGUGAAGUAGACUCUGCCGUUAGAAGUCUAAUUGAAGCCCUACACAAAUACGACACUAACUGUAAACAUAAAAAACAUGCAUUCUAUACGUCCAAGCCAAAAGUCCAUCUGUUGACCCAUCUACUUGAAGAUUUACGAAGAUUCGGGCCUGCUCUUAACUACGAGACCGAAAAGGGAGAGCAGUUCAACAAGCACAUUCGUGAACACUUGUUUCAUACAAACCGUAUGAACACAUCGAAAGAUAUAUGUCUCAAAUUUGGCAAGAAUGGUUUAAGGGAAACCCAUGGAAAAGCUAUUGCAGAAUACAUGCAACAAAACUCUGAUGGGAAAUUCCAUGAAACUUUGCUCGGUGGGUCCAGAGAAUUUGCAGACAACAACGGUACAGGUUUGACCCCUGGAAGGAUAUUAAAAGACAAUACAUUUGCUCUAUUUAGACAAAGCAAUGGACAUAUCAUCAUUGGAAUGGUGCUUUUUUCUAAAGUAUAUCAUUUGUAUAUCGAAUAUCUAUCCGCACAUGCUGUUAACAACAAUUAUCGUCUAGCACUCAAAUAUGCUGAUGAUAUAUACAUGCCACUAGAUGAAUUGAAAGUUGUUUGUCUAUUAGACAUGCAUCUGAAAGUUGGCUGUAAAUAUGUUGUUAACCUCAACAAAUUUGGUUCAUACUGGUCCUUCCUUUAUUCCUUUUAUUAA